ACUCUUCAGAAAAAACUUAUUGAACACCUACUCUAUGUCAGAUGAGGGCAGGCUUAGGGGGAAAAUGACUUCUGCCUGCUUUGGUGAAUUGGGGUCGAGUUCCUAAAUGAAAGAUUUUAAGAGAGGUCUGCGUUUCCUCCCGGACUCUUUUGAGCAACGAGUACUUCCUGAAUUUCCGGGCAACUUGGCGCCGGCUUCCUGCCAGAGCUUAUCCCAGGAGUUGCUCGUGCCGGUGUGGGUCGCUCGUGGCCCCACACGCUUGCUUCUCGGUCUCAUGGCCGGUCUGACUUUGUUCGUGGGCCGUCUCCCGCCCUCGGCUCGCAGCGAGCAGCUGGAAGAGCUGUUCAGUCAGGUGGGUCCGGUGAAGCAGUGCUUCGUGGUGACAGAGAAAGGGAGUAAGGCAUGCCGAGGCUUUGGCUACGUGACUUUCUCCAUGCUGGAAGACGUUCAGAGGGCCCUCAAGGAGAUCACUACCUUUGAAGGUUGCAAGAUCAACGUGACUGUUGCCAAGAAAAAACUGAAGAACAAGUCCAAGGAAACGAGGAAAAAUGAAAAUUCAGAGUCCCCAAAGAAGGAGCCAAAGCACAAAAAAGCCAAAGUGGCAGAUAAGAAAGCCAGAUUAAUUAUCCGGAACCUCAGCUUUCAGUGUUCAGAAGAUGACUUGAAAGCAGUAUUUACUCACUAUGGAACUGUUCUUGAAGUUAAUAUCCCCAGGAAACCAGAUGGAAAGAUGCGUGGUUUUGCUUUUAUUCAGUUCAAAAACCUUCUUGAAGCAGGCAAAGCUCUCAAAGGCGCGAAUAUGAAGGAGAUAAAAGGACGGACUGUGGCUGUGGAUUGGGCUGUGGCGAAGGACAAAUACAAAGAUGCCCAGCAUGUUUCUGCCACAGGUGUAAAGAAGAGCAGUGAUCGUAAGCCUAAGGAAUCAGGUAAGAAGAACUGCCAGGUAGAAGAGCAAGUAGAAGAUGAUGAUGAUAGUGAAGAUGAUGAAGAAGAUGCUAGCUCUGAUGAUGAAGAAGAAAGAGAGUCAACAGUAGCUUCUCCUGUGAGUGUGCAGAAGAGAGCAGUCAAGAGAGCAGCUCCUGAAGAAAGCAUUGAGGAAGACGACUCUGACGAGGACAGUGACCUGGAGGAAGGAGACAGUUCCUAUGAUGAGGGGACUGUGGACAGCGAGAGUAGCACUGAAGAGCAAGAGGAUGAAGAUGUUCCAGUCUCAAAGAAAAAGAAGAGGAAGUUACCCUCCGAUGUGACAGAAGGGAAAACUGUUUUCAUCAGAAAUCUUUCAUUUGACUCAGAAGAGGAGGCACUUGGCGAGGUCCUCCAGCAGUUUGGUGAUCUUAAGUAUGUCCGAGUUGUCUUACAUCCAGACACAGAGCAUUCUAAAGGUUGUGCAUUCGCACAAUUCAUGACUCAGGAAGCAGCUCAGAAAUGUCUUGCAGCGGCCUCUCCAGAGGCUGAGGGCGGUGGGCUUAAACUGGACGGCCGACAGCUCAAGGUCGACUUAGCUGUGACCCGUGAUGAGGCAGCAAAGCUUCAGACAAAGAAGGUGAAGAAGCCAACUGGAACCCGGAACCUCUACCUGGCCCGAGAAGGCUUGAUCCGUGCUGGGACGAAGGCUGCUGAGGGUGUGAGUGCCUCAGAUAUGGCCAAACGCGAGCGGUUUGAGCUACUGAAACAUCAGAAACUCAAGAACCAGAAUAUCUUUGUCUCGCAAACCAGGCUUUGCCUGCACAAUCUCCCAAAGGCUGUGGAUGAUAAACAACUCAGAAAGCUGCUGCUAGAGGCCACUAGAGGAGAGAAGGGUGUUCGAAUUAAGGAGUGUAGAGUGAUGCGGGACCUUAAAGCAGUUCAUGGGAAAAUGAAGGGUCAGUCCCUGGGCUAUGCCUUUGUAGAGUUCCAAAAGCAUGAGCAUGCCCUCAGAGCCCUCCGCCACUUCAACAACAACCCAGAGAUCUUUGGGUCCCAAAAGAGACCGAUAGUGGAGUUCUCUUUAGAAGAUCGAAGGAAACUUAAAGUAAAAGAGCUAAGAAUCCAACGCGGACUGCAAAAAAUGGGAUCCAAGCCUGUAACCAGGAAGCCCCAAAAGGAGCAAAAAGAAGUUGAAAAAGACAAGCAACAGAAAGCAGUUCAGAGCGCCACACAGGAUCAAAGCAAGGCGCCUAGAGAACAGAAAGGGAAGGCCGGCUCCACCUCGUGGUCAGGGUUCCAGACCAAGGCUGAAGUGGAACAGGUGGAGCUGCCUGAUGGGAAGAAGAGAAGAAAGGUCCUGGCACUCCCUUCACACCGAGGCCCCAAAAUAAGGCUGCGGGACAAAGGCAAAGUGAAGUCCCUUCCUAGGAGGCCAAAGCCCCAGAUGGGUCAGCGGAAGCAAAGGAAGCAGCAGUUAGCGUCUUCCCUGCAGGCACCUAAGAAAAAGGCUAAGGAAAAUAAGGCAGAAGCCCGCUUCAACCAGCUGGUUGAACAAUACAAGCAGAAGUUGCUGGGCCCUUCUAAAGGAGCGCCCCUUAAGAGGAGCAAAUGGUUUGAUAGCUGAUGGCACUGCAGUCUGUACAAAAGCCAUGUCUUUCACCAAGGGAAAGCAGUUCCCAGAUGAUACCUACUUUCUUGGGGACUCUGUAGGUUGGUCUAUUCUCUAGUGUGGUGUUGGUUAGGCACACAGAAACACCUGAAAAACACCAUGGGGUUUUUAUAAGUUACCCAUCUCAGUGUUGAAUGAAUCUGUGUGUGCAAUUGCAACUUAUUUCUAAUGGAAACUAUUGUAAAAAAAAGUGUUUCAGAGUACUGAAUUUUAAAGAUGCAUAUUUUGUUAUGGAGUUUAUAAGUGAAGAACUGUGACUUUUUGGAUGUGUCUCAUUUUUAAUAUACACAAAUAUAUUAUUUAUGAGUUUUUUUCUAAAUGAA